AUGCGGCUGUCAACGAUAAACACAAUUGAAGAUCUACAGACUAUAUUACAACUAGAAGCUUAUGCAAAUAUUGGAUUAAAUAAUUUUAGUAGAACUGAUAUACAAUUUGUUACUAAUACCACAAAUGAAAUAAUAGCAAUAAUGUUUAGAGACCAGGAACUACAGAGAAAAGUUACAACAUCAAAAUUAUAUAUAACAUCAUCAGCAAUAGUACCUGAAAAUGUUGGUGCUCUUCAGAUUAUAACCAUAGCAACCCACCACUCUGAAUAUAUUAUGCCAAUUAUCUAUUUAAUUAUGUUAAGAAAAAAUGAAGGAGACGUUCAAAGAGCACUAGAAGAUGGAUUACGUAACUUGCAACCUGAAGAAAUAUACACAGAUUUAGAUAGAGACAUACACCUGGCAGCAAGUGCUGUAUGUCCAAAUGCCAUCAAAAGAGGUUUAUUUACAUCACAAUGCAAAAUUUUCAUUAAAGAAGCUACUAAUUAUAACAUUGACUUAAACAACGAUACGACAUUGCUAAUAUUCAAUAAAAUAAUUGCUUUAAGUUUAUUACCAUCUACUUUAAUAUUGGAAUCAUUUGAAUGGAUAGUAUCGUCCAUGGAUGAUAUUCGUUUUAAUCAAUUUUCAAGAUUUUUGGAGUACUACCGCACAAAUUGGUUAUCAAGAAUAACAGCCAAUAAUUAUAGUUGUUUCAACAAUAUAUAUUGUUUAUUAAUAAAUUCUGAAUUGAUAGCUAGAGACAUUUCAAAUCAUCUACAUGAGGAUAAAAAUAUAUGGAGUUUUGUUGAGGAAGAGGAAAAUAAUAUUGAAAAUGUAGAAGAAGAGGAAAAUAAUAAUGAAAAUGUAGAAGAAGAGGAAAAUAAUGUUGAAAAUGUAGAAGAGGAAAAUAACAUUGAAAACAUGGAAGGGGAAAAUAAUGAUGAAAAUGUAGAAGAAGAGGAAAAUAAUAUUGAAAAUGUAGAAGAAGAGGAAAAUAAUAUUGAUAAUAUGGAAGAAGGGGAAAAUAAUAUUGAAAAUGUAGAACAAAUCCUUUGGGUAUCUGACGAAUGCGGAUUUUGUUUAGUUGUGGCACCUACCAUUGUUUAUAAACCAUGCAAUCAUGUUAUCGCAUGCAAAAAAUGUAAUACUACUUGGGUCCAACGUAAUAUUAUUGAUGGGACAAUAUAUGAAUGA